AUGCAGGCUCUGUCUACUGUCCAGCCCUUGUCAGGCCCAAGUCUCCAAGUCAGCAUCACUGCUUCACAAGCCAUGACUUUGAUCAAGAAAGAAGGACCAUCUCAGAUGGAUGUGGUCACGGCCACCGCCUCCGUGUCUGACCAAGACUCGACCAAGGACGUCAGCCCGGCGACCAAAGACAGCCACACGUCGCCCGCAGACCCUACCGAGGCCGGGCUUCGACUCUACGACCAUGGUGGCAUGGUGUUGGUCCCGACGCCAACUUCAGACCCCAAGGAUCCGCUCAAUCUGGCCGUAUGGCACAAGUGCAUGAUCAUCUUCCUCGUCGGUUCCUAUUCGGCCUUUUCCGUCCUCGGCACGUCGGGUCUCAGUGCCGUCUACCCGAGCCUGAUCCAGGCGUAUCCGAACGAGUCGCCCGCCCGCAUAUCCGACCUGCUGACCUACCCAACGCUGUUUAUGGGCAUCGGCAACCUCUUCUCCAUGCCGCUCUGUGUCACCGUCGGACGUAGGCCCGUCUUCCUCUUCUCACUCCUUAUGCUCAUCGUCACCGGCUUCUGGUGCGCUUUCUCCGACUCUCUCGGAAGCCACGUCGCCGGAAGGAGCUUCUUCAGUAUGGCAGCAGGCCAAUCGGAGGCGCUCGCCCCGUACAUCGUCGAGGAGGUUCACUUCCUUCACGAACGCAGCACCAAGCUCUCGUGGUUCAUUGGCGUUCAGACCGUGGGCACCGCAGCCAUGUUUGUCGCCACGACCUACAUUGUGCCGAGCAUGGGCAUCAAGUGGUGGUACCUCAUCAUCACUUUCGUCAACGUUGCCCUGCUCCUUCUCUCCUACCUCUUCGUCGUCGAGACCAAGUACGAGCGUGUCGAGGCCACGGACGGCGCUAUCGUCCAUCUCAACUUUGCCGAAGCCGAUGACAGCCGUGACAGCGAAAGUGGCGCCGUUCGCAACGGUCUCAGACUCCGUCCCGACAUCCAUGGGCCUCGUACCUGGCAGCACGACCUGCGUCUCUUCCAUUUCAAGCCCGUCUGGAGCGAGACCUUCACCUUCUACAAGGACACGUUCAAAAGUCUCGCUAUCCCCUCCAUCCUCUGGCUGCUUUUGCUCAACGGCGCCUUUCUGGGUAUCUACGUCUACCAGGCUUCCACCUUUGCUCAAGUCCUCAUGAGCCCGCCAUACCUGUUCAAGUUCGCCUAUUUGGGAUGGGUGCAGCUGGUUCAGAUUCUCGACUGCGUCCUUCUCGUUCCUGUCCUCGGAUACGGCACCGACCUGCUAGCCAAGGUCAUGUGCCGCUGGCGCAAAGGAGUCUUCCAGCCCGAAUACCGCCUCAUCUCCAUGUCGAUCCCUGGUAUUGCCGCGGUCAUCGGCUGCGUUAUCUACGGCCAGGCCGCUGCUCACCCUACCCAGUGGUCGUGGAUGGGAGUCGUUGCUCCUUACCACCUCGGCUACUUUGCCUUUCUCGGUGCCAAUCUGGUCAGCAUCACCUACGCCAUCGACAGCUUCCCACGAAAAGCCGGGCCCGUCUUGCUCGUCAUCUGCGCCGGACGCGGCUUCAUCUCGUUUGGCCUCAGCUACUCGACCGUGCCGCUCAUCUCCAAGACCGGCUACGACGGCGCCAUGAACAUCUUUGCCAUCAUCUCUGGCGUGCUUGCUGGCAUCGCCGUCCCCAUGUAUUUUCUCGGCACUAGGUUCCGACUCUGGGCGAUGCAGCGCCUUUGGCCCAAGCUCAAUCAGUAG